UUAACACUGUCGACGCAGCUGCUGAAAUAAAAUGAAUAGGUGGAAAAGAGAAGACCAAACGACUCUGGUGUAUGCAUACAGGUGCAAGCGAGAAAACAAUAAUAUAAUUCUGCUCCGUUUUGCAGCGCCGCUUCAUUCGAAGUUUGCGUUGCUGUCGCGUCGUGUGCACGACUGAGAAAUAUUUGAACUGCAGAGAAAAGAAAAUAAAGACAAAACCAAAAGCAAAAUAAAAACAAACACUAAACGUGCAUUCGCGCCAAAUAACAACAAUUAGCGAAGACUAGAAGCAGAGUGAGUGUUCGUCAGUGUGUGUGUGCCGUAAAAAACCAACAUCCUACCCACUCCUCUUUAGUGCAUACCCUUACGACGGUCAUCGAGAUGGACAAACUGGAUGCAAAUUUAGAACAGCAAUUCGAUCUCAAUCUCAUUGAGGCCGUAAAAUUAAAUCCUGUAAUAUACGACAGAUCUCACUAUAAUUAUAAACACUUCGUAAGGAAGGCCCAGACAUGGAAGCAAAUAGCCGAAACACUUGGUGUGCCUGAACAAAAAUGCACGAAACGUUGGAAGAGUUUACGAGACAAAUUUGCACGCGAGAUGAAACUGUGUCAAGAGUCUCGUUGGCGUUAUUUCAAACAAAUGCAAUUUUUGGUCGACUCCAUUCGGCAGUAUCGUGAAUCUUUAUUGGGUAAGUGUUCUAACGGAAGCCAGAACGCUAACCAGGUGGCCGAUCCCACACAACAACAACCGCAGCAACAGACAGUGGUGGAUAUAUUUGCUCAACCGUUCAAUGGCAGUGCCACCACCUCGGCGCAAGCUCUAACACAUCCGCAUGAAAUUACAGUCACAGGAGAUGCACAGCAAUUAGCCACUGCCGUAGGCAAGGAUCAAAAACCAUAUUUUUACGAGCCACCGUUAAAGCGCGAACGCAGUGAAGAGGAACACAGCGAUAAUAUGCUGAAUACUAUAAAAAUUUUUCAGAAUAACGUCUCUCAGGCUGUUAGCGCUGAAGAUCAAUCGUUUGGCAUGGUCGUUACUGAUAUGCUCAACACGUUGGGAGUACGACAAAAGGCCGAGGCUAAGGUGCACAUCAUCAAAUAUUUGACAGACAUGCAGCUGCUGGCCCAACAUAAUAAGUACUAACUUCAGCUUCAGCUGCUGCAAUUGGAUGGAGUUUUGCCCCAAACGAUCGAUCAGUAGCGCGCAGCUGCCUCUAUCUAUCAUAAUGAUCAUCACCGUUGAUGAUUUUUUUUAGCUUCUAAGUCUUAAAAGUCAAACUAAAGUUUAGAACCUAAAUAAGAAUGCAAAAACAAAAAAUGAAAUUCAUAUAUUUGUGUUUAUGUAUGUAUGUAUAUAUAAACAUAUGCAUAUACACAUAUAUGAAUAUAGAAAUAAAAUUCCUAAUGCCCAGUCCUCCAUUUGUUAAAAAAGAGGAAUAUUCCGUAACCCCUCCUAUAUCCAUUGGGACGAGCUUUUACGGCAGUAGCAUUAGCAAAUAAUUUUUCUUCAAAACCUGUACAUUUUCUCUAAUUACGCAUAAGUUAAAACAAAAAUGAGAUAUUGCCAUUAGUCGGUGUCUCUUUAAGUUACGUCUAUGUUAUUUUUAGUUUUGUAAGUGCAAGACCAGAUAAUUGCGUUAACGUAACAUCAUGAAUAAUUGUGCAAUUACUUGUAUUAAAAAAAAGUAACACUUGA